AAUUCAGUGUCAGUGAUGGAGGGCGAUUCUGUCACCCUACAGACUGAUACUGAAAUAAAAAAAGAUGAUCUGAUUUUAUGGAGAUUCGGAGCCGAAGACUCUCCCAUGGCUGAAGUCAACAGAUCAGCCCAGAUCAUCUCAGUAUCUGAAAGUACCAAAGGAUUCAAAGACAGAUUGCAUUUGGACCCCCAGACUGGAUCUCUCACUGUCAGGAACAUCAGAACCGACCACUCUGGAAUUUAUAAAACACAGAUCAUUGGAAAUAAGAUGAUAAGGAAAACAUUCAAUGUCACUGUUUAUGCUCGUCUGCCUGCUCCUGUCAUUAGCAGAGACUGUUGUUCUUCAUCAUCAUCAUCAUCAUAUUGUUCAUUGGUGUGUUCAGUGGUGAAUGUGGGUCAUGUGAGUCUCUCCUGGUACAAAGGAAACAGUUUAUUGUCCAGCAUCAGUGUGUCUGAUCUCAGCAGCACCGUCUCUUUACAUCUGGAGGUGGAAUAUCAGGAGAAAAACAGCUACAGCUGUGUGCUCAACAAUCCCAUCAGCAACCAGACUCAACAUCUGGAUAUCAGUCAACUCUGUCAGAUACAUUCAGCUCGUCUUCCCGUUCCUGUCAUCACCAGUUACUGUCCUCAAAACCCUUCACCAUCAGGAUCAUCAGCGUCCAGAUGUGUGCUGCUGUGUUCAGUGGUGAAUGUGGGUCAUGUGACUCUCUCCUGGUACAAAGGAAACAGUUUAUUGUCCAGCAUCAGUGUGUCUGAUCUCAGCAUCAGUCUCUCUCUACCUCUGGAAGUGGAAUAUCAGGAUAAAAACACCUACAGAUGUGUGCUCAACAAUCCCAUCAGCAACCAGACUCAACAUCUGGAUAUCAGUCAACUCUGUCAACCAUGUGCAGAAUGCGUCUGCUGUUGUAAUUCAACUGAAGCUGUGAUCCAAUUGGCUGUCUCUGCUCUGGUGGGCGUGGCUACUGUUGUUGUUCUGGUUUAUGACAUCAGAUCCAGAAGAGCUGAACAGAAAAGAAGAGCUCUGAAAUCAUUAUCAAACCAUAACUGACUUGCUAUAACAAGAAUAAAUCUAUCAUUAUGUUUUUAUAUUCUAUGAACGCCCUGUAACACAA